GGUGUGUCUCAUUUGCACCGUGUGACUUUGUAAUUCACUUGUGUUUAACAGGGGCUAUAUUGGGUUGGUGGUUAAUGUUAGCUGAAACGCUACAUCGCUAACCGGAUGUGUCUGUUACCGUUACAGCGGACGGGCACAAGAGCGAAGGGUCGACCUUUGGUUACUGAAUUGUUAAAACGGUGUUGUAUUUUCACAACUAGGUAUUAAAGAAGUUUUUAGGGAGUUCUUUGAAACAUUGACAAAGUAAUCUGUAAAAACGGGAUAUGUUAAUGCUUUUUUAAAGACAUUUAGGUUCGUAGUAACCAAUAUAUUUAGAAAUGUAUGAUAACAGACCACAUGUGUUUGUGAAUGAUCACCUGGUGUGUGUCAUCAAGGUGACUCGGCCCGGAUGAAGCUUCUUGUGAGAUGUUCAGAAUGAAGUCCAUGCGGAGCUUCAUGUUUCUAAUAUGUCCUGUCAUGGUGCUGGUAUUCUUCUACUACUCCUCUGGUAGAUUACAACUAAGAAACUCAGUCCAGAAAUCUCAGGCUGAUUUGGAUAGUUUGCUCUCCGUGGGACGUGUAGUAGCUUCAGUGUACGACAAGCAGGGAUUCCUUCUCAAGCUUGACAAAAAACUGCCCCUGGAGCUCCAGUAUAAGUAUGGUAACAUUAGUAAAGGCGAGUGUAAACAAGGAUACGCACAAGCCAAGAUGACUUUGAUCUAUCCAAAGUUUUCAAAACCAGCUCCCAUGUUCCUUGAUCCUAAUUAUAAGCGGCUAUCAAAGAUCAGCAGUUACCUGCCUCCUUUUGGAGUAAGAACACAAGAAAGGAUAAUAGAUAAUAUUUUAACAGCAACAAGAAGUUAUUCCCUGGGUUCGGAACUAGACAGUAUUUCUUGUAAGAAGUGUAUUAUAAUCGGCAAUGGAGGCAUUCUGUUCAAUAAGUCUUUGGGCACCAAAAUCGAUCAAUAUGAUGUUGUUGUGCGACUAAAUGAGGCUCCAGUCGCAGGGUUCGAGAAGGAUGUGGGCUCAAAGACCACCAUGCGCAUCACCUACCCUGAAGGAGCCAUACAGAGAGCUGAACGCUACGAGAAGAGCUCGCUAUUCGUUUUAUCCGCCUUCAAAGCCAAUGACUUCAAAUGGCUGCGGCACAUGGUGUACAAAGACAGGCUGACCCCCGGGGGUCCCCUCACUGUUAAUCAGAUUCAGACUGAAGCAUUCGAGACCUGCAGUCCUGAAAACAGUCUCUCAUGGAGAAUGGAUGGAUUCUGGAAGUCUGUGGCACGUACCGUCCCCAGAGCUCCACAAGACAUGCGGAUCCUGAACCCCUAUUUCAUACAGGAAGCCUCGUUCAGGUUAAUCGGCCUUCCACACAACAAUGGCCUCAUGGGAAGAGGGAAUAUUCCUACAUUGGGGACUGUGGCGAUCACGAUGGCCCUCCAUAACUGUGAUGAAGUGGCAGUGGCUGGGUUUGGAUAUGACAUGAACACCCCUCAUGCGCCUCUGCACUAUUAUGAGAAGCUGAGGAUGUCUGCUAUCAAAGAGUCAUGGACACACAACAUAUCCAGAGAGAAGGAGUUUCUCCGAAAGCUGGUGAAGGCGGGCGUUAUUGAGGACCUGACCCAUGGGAUCUGAUGUCGCACAGAUGAUAGACAGUGUUAACUAUAUCAGAGCGGUGACUGGCGGUGUCUUACGUGGAUAUCACUGCUGAUGGACUCACAAAUAUGAGCUAUUCAGGUCCACAGAUGUUUGAGCCAGUCGCAUGAAAGCACCGCAGGGAGUGACCUCAGCUCUUGUGCUGGACAGUAUCUCAACUCAAACAUGGUAAUGCUUGUAAAGCUAGACGGUCUGUCCCAGUGCACUGCAGCGCCCGGCAGACUUAAAACAUGCUGCUUUGGUUUUUU